AUGUACGUGAGCUAUCUUUUGGAUAACGACACCAGCAUGUACUCGAACACUGUAAGACACCCAGGCUUGAAUUUGAAUCACCAGAAUUUUGUUCCUGCGCCGCCUCAAUAUUCGGAUUUUGCCGGUUAUCACCACGUACCAGGAAUAAACGGUGACCCUCAUCACAACCAGCCCGGUGGCACAUGGAAUCCAGCUUAUGCACCUGCCAGGGAAGACUGGCACUCUUAUGGACCAGGGCCAGCAACCUCCAGCUCUAACCCUGGGCAGAUUAGCUUUAGCCCCUCUGACUUUAACUCAGUGCAACCCCCGGGCUCUGGGCUCCUUCCCCCUGUUAUCAACUCUUCCGUGGCUCCUCUCUCCCCAAAUGCGCAAAGGAGAAACCCGUAUGAAUGGAUGAGGCGCAAUGCUCCGCCAGUAUCUGCAGGAGGAAAAACCAGAACGAAAGAUAAAUACAGAGUGGUUUACACAGAUCACCAGCGACUGGAGCUAGAGAAGGAAUUCCACUUCAGCCGAUACAUCACCAUCAGGAGGAAAGCAGAGCUGGCUGCUACACUUGGGCUCUCUGAACGACAGGUAAAAAUUUGGUUCCAAAACAGACGAGCAAAGGAAAGGAAAGUGACUAAGAAGAAGAUGCAGCAAUCAGGGCAACAGGCUGCCCCCACCCCACCUGGAGUGGGAUCCACAGGGACAGUGGGCAUGGUCAGCAGUAGCAGCAGUGGUCUUGUCUCCCCGUCCAUACCAAUGACUAUCAAAGAAGAGUACUUGUCCUAACAACAGCAAGCAUGAACCAGAAACUGAAAUCCACAGCACGACGACACCAUUCACAAGAAACCACCUUAGCGACUGUGAAACAAGUUAACAAAAGAAAUCAUACUGCUGCGCUUCCGUACACAAAUUUAUAUAUAUAUAUAUAUAACUAUAGAACUCAC